AUGCCUACCCGUACUUCAAAGACCCGCAAGCACCGCGGUCACGUUUCCGCCGGUAAGGGACGUGUCGGAAAGCACCGCAAGCACCCCGGUGGUCGUGGUCUUGCUGGUGGUCAGCACCACCACCGUACCAACAUGGACAAGUACCAUCCCGGUUACUUCGGUAAGGUUGGUAUGCGAUACUUCCACAAGCAGCCCAACCACUUCUGGAAGCCCAUCAUCAACCUCGACAAGCUGUGGUCUCUCGUCCCCCAGGAGACCCGUGACGCCUACGUCUCCGGCGAGAAGAAGGAUACCGUCCCCGUCCUCGACCUCCUCCCCCUCGGUUACUCCAAGGUUCUCGGCAAGGGCCGUCUCCCCGAGAUCCCUCUGGUCGUCCGCGCCCGCUGGGUCAGCCGCCUUGCUGAGCAGAAGAUCAAGCAGGCCGGUGGUGUCGUUGAGCUUGUCGCUUAA